GCAAUUUAUCAGUCUGAAAAGUCUAACUAAAACUCUCCCGUAUAUAUAUACAUAUCUCAAAAACAAGAACUUCAAGCCGAAAUAGCACAUUCCAAAGUUCUAAUUUUUUCAUUAUUUUAUUAGUUCGAUAAUCGUCUUUUAUCCCCUGACCAUGGACCGCGUCUUCGGCAAUGUCGAGUAUAAGUUCAGGACCCUGACAAAGGAUGGCAAGGGCCUGGCCCUAAAGCUCACCGGAUUCUAUGCCGUCGGCUGGACCCUGCGCAAGUUGGUCAAGUAACGGCUUCGCCACCCUUCCCAGAAGGAUGCCUGCCUCGUUAGUCGUUUCCUUGUUUCGUGCAAAAUCCCUGUCAUGUCAACAAAAAUAAAUAUUGAUCUCACCUCCAAAA